AUGGGAGAAGAGUGUUUGGCAUCAAGAAGAAAGUCCCUUGGAAGGACUGCCGAGGCUUGUGAGGAGCCGUGGACAGGUCUUGAUCUUUGUUCUCAAGGAAUAAGAAACAUCUCCAGGUCUCUGUUUGAUAUGAGGUUCAUUAGAGUAUUGAAUCUUUCAAAUAAUGAGAUAGAGAUCAUUCCAAAGGAGAUAUGCAAGCUAAGGUGCCUUGAGGUGCUCAAUCUCAGCAAAAACAAGAUCAGAAGCAUUCCUCCAGAAAUUGGGAAGGUUGCCAGUCUGAAGGAGUUGAACUUGAGUGACAACUUGAUCUCAAACAUUCCGAUGGAGAUAGGAACGCUCUAUAAUCUCGAGAAUCUUGAGAUAGCUAACAAUCCACUGAUAGUCCCGUUUAACACUCUUGUAAGGGAUAAGAAGCUUCUUCAGUUCUGUAGGGAGCAUAACACGGGGUAUCCUCCUCCGAAUGAUAGGCCGUGGAUAGAAAACCUGAACAAGAAUGUUUUCUAUAGCGACACAAUAAGUGUUGGAACCUUCAACAUCCUAUCGAAUCUUUGGGCAGCAAGGCUGACAUAUGCACCGUCAUGGGUCAUUAACCCGGAGUUCCGAAGAGAGGGAAUCUUACAGGAAAUAGUUCUGUACAAUGUGGAUAUACUAUGCCUUCAGGAGAUCGAGCUCUACAGCUUUUUUGAUUUCUACAAAGAGCAGCUUGAAAUGAGGUGCAGCUACGAUUCAAUCAUCUAUCCACGGGGAAGGGUAAAGAGUGUUCCAGACAAGAAGAUAGUCGACGGAUGUGCAAUCUUCUGGAGGAGAAACAAGUUUAGGCUGAUUGCACAGUUUCCUAUUGACUUCUAUCAGAAGGUAUCUCAGGAUGCAAGAUUCAAUACCAAUCAAGAGCUGCUUGAAAGAUACGGAAAGAAGGAUAACGUGGCAAUUGGGGCACUUCUCGAGAGGCCCAAUGGGCAACAGAUAUUGGUUGUAAACACCCACAUCUUCUGGGAUCCUGAUUACCCAGAUGUCAAGCUGCUUCAAGUGAUUCUACUUAUUGAGGAAAUCAGAAAGAUAGUUUCAAGACAUCCAAAUGCAUAUCUGUUUCUGCAGGGAGACUUCAAUUCCCUCAGGUCCUCAUCAGUCUACAAGUCAAUAACUACCAGGACAGUAGAUUUAGCAGACUUUGGGGAUAUUGCGCGUCACUUUUCUACCCAGGAGUUUGGAGAUGGCUUGAGGCUUAAUGACUCCUACAUAAAUCAAGACCUUGGGUUCACCAACUUCACACCCAUAUUCAAAAACGUUAUUGACUACAUAUUUUACGACAGCAGAAUAAUGCUGACAUCGGUGUUGUCUCCAAUAGAGGACGAGUACACUGAAAAUGUUGCAGGCCUUCCAAACAUGCAUUUUCCUUCGGACCAUAUCUUCCUAGGCGCAAAGUUUGCACUCCCCAACAGAAACACUACUCAAAAUGUAUUUGGCAGAAAUCCUCGGCAAUAA